UUAGUUUAGAGAUUUGAGAUGGAGGAGUACGUGGAGGACAUUUUGACCUAUCAAUUGGGUCCUCUCUGCCCUACUCGCGCCAAACCAAAUCUUUAUCUCUUCUUCUUCUUUCAUAGCAAUCAAUCCAUUUGUAGCAAGUGAAGUUGCAGUUGCAGGUGUGUGCCUCAUGGAGUCUGUUAUUCCUCGAUGCCUUCCUCCAUUUCCAAUCUCAUCUUCAACACAAUACCGAAGAAAAGCUCAUGUGGUUAAAUCAAACCUGAGCCAUCAAAAUGACAGCUCUGCUUCCGCUCACACAGACCACGCCUCAAAGGAACUUCAAGUGCCAGUUUCCAGACGUCAUUGUCUUACGGGUUUGUGUUCAACUCUAGUGUUGAUCAGUGAUUAUGCCGCACCUAUUUUUGUUCCUAAGGCAAAUGCUGUGGAUGGAAUGAUGGAAAAACCCGUUUGCAGAAAUUGUUUGGGAAGUGGUGCUGUGCUUUGUGACAUGUGUGGUGGUACAGGAAAAUGGAAAGCUCUAAACAGGAAGCGAGCUAAAGAUGUUUACGAAUUUACUGAGUGUCCAAAUUGUUAUGGCAUGUCAUCUCAUCUGAUACUCUUUAGUAACUUAAACUUGAUGUCCAAGCCUUUCCAGAAUGAUAGUCGAGGAAAGCUUGUCUGCCCUGUUUGUUUAGGAACCGGUUUGCCAAACAAUAAAGGUCUCCUGAGGAGGCCCGAUGCACGGAAACUGCUUGAUAAGAUGUAUAAUGGACGGCUAAUUCCAAACUCUUAGAAGACGUAAAUUUGUGCAAAACUGAGGCCUGCUAGUACUGUUUUUUGGCGCAAUGAUUGUGAUGUUAUUCACCAGUUAACAAAGCCAGUGACUGCAUUGGUAAUCAACUUCUAGCACAGAACAUGUUACUGAGGGGUUUUUGUUUCUAUUUUUGGUCUGGAUGCAUUACAGAACUCUAACCAUCGGCUUGGUUAUCAACCUUAUGAUUUUCAUGGUUCUGUAUGAAAAAUGUCCAUGUCCGUCGUCAUGUUCGUGCAGACUGUAUCGAGUUGCAAGACCCAUAUAUUAUGUAAACAUCGAGCAAAUACUUCCAGCAAGAGUAGCUAUUUAGGUUCCUAUUCAGCUCCCAAGUAAAUCUGUAAAUGUUUAUGCAAAUAGUGUACACUUAAGGUAAUAAAUCCUUGAAGACCUUAAUAUCAUGACUCAUUAAUAGUAUGUA